CAUCAAUGAAAGGAAAGUAUUUUCUGCACCAAGAAGAAGAAAAACAUCUCUGUUUGGCGAAAUGGAGCCUAUGUGAGUGGGAGAGGACAGAAACCAUUCACAGGUUAUUUCGGCGCUUAUUUCACGUAGGUGAGGCUGUUUGUUACAAUACACUGCAGUGGAAGAAGUUCAAAACAAGUCGAGGAGUCCGCGGCCGUGCCGGCUGCUCUGUGAGGCGGUGAGUGCGUUCACAUGCGCACAAUAUCCUGGUUUUCAGUCUUAUCCUGUCUUUGAUCAUACUCUGGAUGUGGCAUUUACGUGGAACUUGAAAAACUUGGUUAUUCAUAUCCUAGUAUAUUUGAUCAUAACAGCCAAAGUGGUGGACAGACAGACAGACAGACAGUGCCAUUGUUUGAGCCACGCUGCUAAAACAUUUUAAGCUUUCUUGUCUGCUUGUGAUCACACUUGGCCAUGCAUGCAGCUGUGUCCUUCUGAAAACACUCUAAUUCCUCAUCAGUCUUAGCCAAGAAGAAGCACAUUUCCACAUUAUGGUACCAAGAGCCUUCUGCAAUUUUUGUGAAUCAUUGGUUUCUUAUGUCCUGAUGUUACACUGAGGUUUUGGGGGUUCCAGCGAUGUUCUGGACAGGCUGAAUGUGGCGUGGCGUCCAGCCAGCGCGAAGGGAAAAGAGAAGGGCAAAGGGGAGCGACGUUCGGUUGAAGUGUGAUGGGAGGCUACCACAGACAGGUCUGGACUGCUGUGUGUAUCCUGGCAAAGCGGCCUUGGCAUUGACAUGACUGCACAAAUAUGUACAAUGUUUGACUCCUGCCCAAUUUCCUCCUUACAAAAAUACGGGUGGGGACUCGUGUCCAUUCACUAAAACAACUAAAACCAACUCUCCACAUCUGCAUAGAAUCAAGGAAGUGCAUCUCAGCGUCGAAGCAGAAACAUGCCAUUGAUUAAAAAAAAGUAUUGAUGCCUGUUGAAAUACAAGUCUAAGAGCACGAAAAAAUAAAUUUGUUAAACAUGUUUUCUGUUAACCGGGUUCACUGACAGGAGGGGAAGGGAAAGACACCACAGAUUACUGAGUUGGACUGCCUUUUGAUUGGUCUGGCAUCAGCUGUGUGGUUAUAUGGGCACGCACAAAGAGAAUGCUGCGGUUAUUCUUGGACCACCACUGUCCGCACUUCCAUGUAAUGUUCUGGUGUUUACCAUCACUGGUUCAGUUCAUCUGCUGGGACUGUGAGUCAGCCCUGUUGAGGAGCUGUGGAGAGGUCCUGCAAGGACACUGACUGACUGACUUACCCUCACUGCAUCCAAAUUAAAGUGUUUGCGGGACUCUGGCACACAAGCAGAGCCCGGACACAACCAUCGCCACCAAACUCAUGAAGCCUACUGUGUUUUCGCACAGAGCUUGUGCUCCGUAGCCUCACAGUAAAAUCAGCCUUGGCUUCGAGUUUUACUUUUUUUGCACAGUGCACAUUUUGUCGUGUUGUUUGUGCGCCGCGGAACGUCAGCGUGGAUAUUUUCGGUCGUGUGGAGGAGUCUACCAUAGCACAGCAAACACGACCCAACGUCGGCAGAGUGUUUUGUUUGCUGAGCCUGUCGCCUUUCAGCGAGCAUUUACACCUCGUCUUCUUCGCUGACAACCUGAUGAUGUAUGUGUGGGAAUUUAAUAUGUUGCUGGACGGCUUGGCAAUACAGCUGGCUAUACAGCAGGCCUGGCAACAUCUGAACCCUUUGACUGCACUUCCAUGACAUCCACACUCUCUCUCCCCCAGCUCUUCUGUGCCACCUUUGAAUAACACAAUAUGCCCUGGAGUCAUUUGAAAAGUCAACCAGUGUCACUGCUGCAAGUAGAUGAAAAUGGCAUGUUUCUUUCUGAAAUGACUGCUUGACCUUUUGUUAUUUUGGCGAUGCCGAAUAUGCUCAUCUCCUUGAUUACACAACCAGUGAUGACAUGAGAGAAACCUCAAGUCUGUUUUUCUGCCAUAUCUUCACUCUGACAAAGCAUCCUGUGACAACAUCACAAGCCACAACUUGGGCUUAAUAUUUACCACUCACAUUACCUGGAACCUGAAACUGCUGAACUUUUUACAUAUGUCACAUUAAAGCAUGCUGCAAAGUCCUUCUUUCAAGUCAAAUGAAAGAAAAACUUUUGUACUACUGUGCCCGAAGUACAACAGUCUCCUUUUUCACAGUCAUGUCACAAGUUGUACUAAUGGCAAUAUGCUGAAAAUUAAUUUGUAAGACUUGUCUCAUUAAUUUGCACAUAAUAAUUCAGUAUUCCAUUAAACUCUACGCUUAUUUUCAUGGUAAUACUUUACACCAUAUUAAUAUGUAUGCAAAUGCUUUUGAUUCCCAUGAGCGUACAGUUACAGAUCAUUUAAAUCUGCAGAUGAGGUGUGGCCUUAAUAUAUAGAAGCAUCAGGAUGGAGCGGUGGUAUGAAAAGUGUAUUCUAUAAACUAUUGUAUAGUGUGCGUAUGGCAGAGCAGUAAUGUAAUAAAAGCCAGACGAACACAGUGUUCCAGGUCAGAGCUGAAAGUCUGCACAGCUUUGGUCCACAGAGCAGCAUGAGUCACCGGAACAGAGCAGAUUGCUAGCUUGCAGAAUUCAUUAAGACAAAUGUAAGGUGUAUGGAUUUCCUCUGGAAGGGAAAAAAUAACCUUUGGCAGCUGCAGAACAGCACCCCUGUGAAUCCUCAAGUAGCUUUCCAUACACCUUUGGAAUGACAGCGUGCUUUUUGCAACCCCCUUGAUGAUUUAUGCUGGUCUGAAUGUAAAUGAAUUAGCUUAAAUCCUUCAGCAUGCUGGCACACUCUGUGUUAUUUUUGGAACCAUUCUAACAACUACACCAGACCUUUACUAUUACAUCCAUUACAUCCUACACAACUAUUCUUUAAGCUGCUGGUUAAAUGCCUAAUAAGUUGGUCUGCCCAGAGAAACUAUCUGCUAAAAUGAGAGUAGUCUGUGUGGAAACUGAUAAUGCUGAAUAAAAUGCAAAUCUGACUGUUAAAGAUACAGGCUAAACUGCUUUUUAAUGCAACACUCGCAGUUUAUAUCAUGUCGUGUCUCUCUGUAUAAUAGCGCCCCCAUGCGGGUAAGAGGCAGUAAUGUCUUAACAAACGUUUAGCCCUAAGCUUGCCGAUUAGAAAGGAAGUAAAGCAGAGGUUCACUUAAAAUAAAAUCUUACUUAAAGCAGACAUUAGCGUUACAAGCCCGACACAUUAUUGCUAAACAGUUACUAUAAAAUUAUAAUGCAAUAGAUAGCAUAUUAUUUUGGAGAUAAGUAAGGCAAAGCUAAUGAAUAUAUAAAUUGUUAGCUAGCUAAAUUAGCUUGACAGUAAUGCCACUAAACAGUCAAAUGGGAGGUUAAAUCAAAUGUCAGAGGCGCUUCUCUCUAUGUAAUAACAUUCUACGCUUAUUGUAAACAAACCUGCUAAAACGAUCCAGGAGCAGCCGAUGAGCUCGGCAAAUCCAGAGUUUAAACGCGACCAUAAGCGCAGCACUGAUCCCAAAUCAGCCAUCUCGGCACCGGAUGUUGGUAAGUAAAAAGGCAAGUACCGUUUUCGGGAGCGAUUUCUCCACGAAAUACCUUCCGCUGUGGAUUUGUGAAGGGCUGCCAUUUUACCGACCUUACGCAGCACAAAUGAAUCAUGGGGGUCCAAGUGAUCCAGCUCACCUCUAGGUCCCACCAUGAAAACAUCCUGGCCUCUCUGCACCAUCUGAGGCUGCAGGGGCAGCUCAGUGAUGUCACAGUGCAGGUAGACUACCAGGGAGACGUGCAGGAGUUCCAGGCCCACCAGGUGAUGCUGGCAGCAUCCAGCGGCUACUUCAAGAGGAUCCUCCUCUCUCAGGAUGCUGCCCGAGACAAAUUAUCACUCUCGAACAUGCACUUCAACGACUUCUCCAAGUAUUUGGAAUUCGUGUACACCGGUAAAGUUGAAGUCGCCAGAGACAAGAUUGGUGAUGUUCAAGCGGCCGCACAGUUUUUGGACUGUGUGGAUCUGGCAGAUGUUUGCGGUGAGGCCAUGAGCGCUGGAAUCCUACAGAAUCCAGCAAAGGAAGUGCCUGCAUCAGAGGUUGCUGAAAAAGAUGACGUGCGUGGUGCCAAGAAAGAAAAAGGGACCAAAGGGAAGAAGCAGGCGAAAAGCGUAGUUGUUAAGCGGCGGCCCUCUCCGCAGAGCUCUGACAAAGACGUUUCGAAAAGAUGUAAGACGAAGAGCACGGUGACGGAUCAAAAAAGACAAGGAAGAAAUCUAAAACUGACUUUAGCUGGCCGGGAAGUCCUUCAGAGACGUUUGUAUAGCAAACGAGAGGAUUUUAACAAUGAAAACCAAAGCAAUGAAGACACAGAGGUGUAUGACCGCAGGACUGAAGCCGAGAGUCGUGCUGAGAAAGCAGACGAGUCAUCAGUGGGAAUGGCAGCCGAUGAUGCGGAUGAUUGGGAAUGCGAGGAGGAUGAGCACGUUAUUGAUCAUGAAGACAACUUGUUGUUGUCUCUGGGGGAGGAGGAUGAGGAGGAGGAGGAGGGGGAAGAAGAAGAAGAAGAAGAAGAAGAGGGAUGGUCCAAAGAGACAUUUAAAAGAACAUCUAAGGCCCAGUUCCAGUGUAAUAAGUGCCAGCGGACCUUCCACUAUGAAAAAAGCUACUUGAAGCACAUCAGCACGUACCACGGAGUGAAGGCAGACGUCGUCUAUCGCUGUGAGACCUGCCUGCAGACCUUCGCUAACCGCAGCAACCUGAAGAUCCAUGAGAAGCAUGUUCACAGUACUGAGAGGCUUUUUUCCUGCAGCUCCUGUGCAAAGACCUUCAAGCGUAAGAAGGAUGUUGUCCGCCAUCAAAGACAGGUGCAUGAACGCAACAACCUGCGACAUGUCUGCUCUGAGUGCGGGAAGUCACUCAGCUCCAGAACUGCCCUGCUGUUGCAUAAGAGGACGCACACAGGUGUGAAGCCUUUUGAGUGCACCGACUGCGGGGCCAGAUUUACCCAGAACUCCGCCCUCAAGAUGCACCGCAGGACUCACACAGGAGAGAAGCCGUUUCCGUGUGAUGAGUGUGACGCUCGGUUCACUCAGAAGCACAUGCUGACCUAUCAUAAGCGAUCACAUACAGGAGAGAAGCCCUUCAUGUGUGAGGCCUGCGGGAAAAGCUUUGCAUCCAAAGAAUACCUGAGACACCACUCAAACAUCCACACGGGGUCCAGGCCGUACAAGUGCGAGAAGUGUGGUCGAGGCUUCGCCCAGAGGAAUUCCCUCCACCAGCAUUUAAAAAUACACACAGGUGAGCGUCCGUACAGCUGUAAAGACUGUGACAAGCAGUUCACCCAGCUCAACGCCCUUCAGAGGCACCAGCGGAUCCACACAGGAGAGAAACCCUACAUGUGCGGUCUUUGUAGACGCACCUUUACAGACAAGUCCACCCUCCGCAGGCACACUAUGAUUCACGACUCAGAUGCUCCUUGGAAAACCUACCUUGUGGUGCUGGAAGGAAACGUGGAGGACAAGAAACCCAAAACCAACACUAAGGGAAAGACAGAGAAAACAGGAGAGAAAAAGAGCACCGCUAGAAAAAGUGGAGGUGCUGGUGCUGCUGCUGGUGCUGAUACUGCUGGUGGUCCUGGUAAAACCCACACUGACUCCAUCGUGGUGCCGGCUGAGUCAGUCACCCUCCCCUCUGAUUGGGCCGCUCAUGGGGCCAUCGCUCUGGUCAGCCACGGCGCCCUCGGUGGGAUCACUGUGAUCCACACCGAGGUGCCACCUGGGACCCAGAUCCAGCCCAUUGUAACCACUGAUGGCACAGGGGCCAGUGUCAUUUCCUUAGAGGGAUCUGCCAUCCCUGUCCCGUUCUCUAUACCGGUGUCCAUGGCUAACCCUAUCCCCUUGUCCUCCGAAGCUUCCACCAUCUCUCUGUCUGUUCCCACUCUCUCAGUUCCUGUCUCUGACUGCACGUUGGCGUCAGUCUCCGAGAUCCCCGUUGUUUCAACGUCAUCGGUCCUGGAAGCUGCUGCUUCACAGACCAUUCUGGCUCCACUUUCAGAAACUAAGGCCACCUCAGAGGCGGAUCUUUUGCGGCCUGAUAUUCAGACUGUGAUUGUUGGUGAUCAGGUUUCUGUAGCUGCUGCUGGACAGCAGAGGACAGCAGAUAACCCACUAGCUGAACCUAAAGGGGCCCUAUCACAAGAUGCUGUGUAGAAACUUUUAUGUGGGUGUGGGGAAUUAAAACGAAACCAAUGUCAAUGUUAUUUUAUUUUGGCGUUGGCAGUGUCGGAAUGUUUUUUUUGACGGUGUGGUGUUUCAUCAUUAUUAUGAUCUUAAACGCAGUGUUUCAUUAACAGUAUGGAUGUGAUGUUCUGUGUUUGUCAUGCUUUUUGAAUAUCAAGGUAUUCAUUAAAGAUCAUGACAACCUGC